AGAAAUCCUCGCAGAAAUGGAGGCAAUAUUCGCAAAGAAAGACAACUUUCUCAAUGUACGUAGAAAAUUUGAAAGGCGAAUUUGGAAGUUUGGUGAACAGUUCAGUAGCUACGCUAACGAGAAACGGCUGUUAAGCGCUGGCCUCAACCUAUGCGACGAAGAAUUUGUUGAAUACCUCGUAGACGGCAUUCCUCAUAAACAAUUGCAGAUACAAGCCAAGCUUCAGAAUUUUAAAAGUGCUGGUGAGGUGACUAGAGCAUUUCGGACUGUCGAGUUGCCGCGACGAGCCGCACCAAAAACGAAUUUACAAAGUGGUGAAGAGCGGCUAAGGUGCUACAACUGCAAUUGCUCCGGCCACAUCGCAAAAGAGUGCAGCAAGCCUAAGCGCGAAUACGGGACGUGCUUUGCGUGUGGCGAACGCGGACAUUUUGCGGCGAGCUGCAAAAACUACAAGAAGUCGACAUCCAGUAGCAAUUUUAAUGCCUAGUCGAUUCGGGGAGCCCAAUAAGCUCACGUAUAUAUAUGCUGAGCAGAAUCAGGUGAUUCUAUUCAUCAGGAUGGCCGAGCUGUAGUAGCGUUGUAUAGGCUAGCUUAAGUAAUAGAUUAAUAAAUCAUGUAAAUCAUUGUAAUAGUGUAAUAGUCCCUUUAGCAUAUUUUUAG